CCUGCCCUGCACCCCUGCCCCAGGCUCAGCCCGGAGCCCCCUCCACACUCCAAACCGCUUGGCCCCAGCCCAGAGCCCGCCCCCUCCUGAAACCCCUGCCCCAGCCUGGUGAAACUGUGAGUGAGGGUGUGCGAACGAACGAUGGAGGGAGGAGGGGAUGGAGGGAGCGAGGCAGGGUCUCAGGGAAGGGGCAGGGUAGAUCCUGGGUUGCACUUAAAUUCAAAAAGUGAUCUUGUGCUAUGGGCUGGGUAGGAGGGGUUCAGUCCUAGAGGCAGGGCUGGCACUGGGAGCAGAAGAUAAGGGAGGACACAAGGGUAAAGAAAGCACCAGGCCAAAUUAAAACAAAAUCUUUGUGUCAAAAACCAAGUGCUAAUCUGAUCUGAAAAGAGGUCAUUGGAAACUCAAGCAACAGCCAGCACUGUGCAAGAACGUUUCUCUCCUCUCUGUUGCUGAUACUUGUAUGAAUAAAGCUUUCUUCCUCCUCACCCACCUGCUUCUGUUUGCCUGUGUAAUGUGUGCACGUGUAGUAGCACUGAGCACGCUCGCUGGUGAAAUGCGCAAGCCUAUUGGAAUAGGGGAGAGUGAAGGCCCCUCUCCCCAGAAUUCCUUGCCAAUGUGUCUUGAGCCUGACUGGAAGUAGCCACUUUAAGGGUGAGAUGAGAGUUCAGUCCCCUAUACCCAUUCAGUGCUCUUUGCAGCAAUGGUUAAAGGUGAUGUUUGUGAUAAGGAUAACUGUCCAUAAGCUGAAGAACUCAUUAAGUGUAGGCCAUCAAACAGCUAAUCUGGGCUGUAUUUGAACUGUGAGUCACAAAUCCAUGCUGUAAACCAAAGAAAUCCCAUUUAUUUUACUGGGAGUUGUGCCUAUUUGCUUACUAACAGGUUAGGUGAGAACAUGUAUUUAAAUACUGCUAGCAGAUUUGGGAGUGAACAUUGCUUAAAUGUAAUUCCACUUUCACAUGAAGCUCAGUCCAGGCAUGAUUGAAGUGUUGCUGGCACAAGAUCCAACUAGAGAAGGAGGAAGAUGUAAUAAUCUGCUCCUUCUGUUACAGGAGUAUGUUUGCUUAUUGUUAAUUCAGUUCACAAGGUGGGGGUCCUCUUGAUCCUAAAAUUUAAGUAGCAGCAGUAGCUGAAUCUGUCUCCAAGGGAACAGUCUUUCCUUUUGAGAUGGGGACCUCAUUUUGCCCUGGACUACACUGGUGCACUCUGUGUGGGGGCUACUAUUGAAGAUCACACGGAAACUUCAGCUAGUGGAGAAUAUGACAUCUUGUUCCAUAGUGGUGGUGGUAGGUGUGGUGGUACCUGGGUGAUUAAAAGUAUUGUUAAAUAUACUUGCAUGAGAGACACACAACAACUGUACUGUGUAGACUGUACUUGCUAUCAGGUUUUUUUUCUGGUCUCAAUGUAAUGCAUGGGUCUUCACUUAUAAACUCCUAUGUGGUUUGGGUUCUGGCUAUCUUUUUAGAUGAUUCUCUCCUUGUGUAACAUUCUGACCAUUGAAAGUAGUUGCUAACUUGCUAAUGGUCCCCCAUCUGAAUUGUGAGAGCUCAGGGCAUUGUGUUUUCUAUAUGGGAGGUCUAGGUUCUGAAAUUCACUUCUGCCUUGGAUCAAAAAAAAAUUAGGGCACCUCGCAGUGUCCAUCUUCACUCAGGCCUUUCUUAAACAAAUGUAGAGUACCAAUGGAAUCCAACUUACGGAUUUACCAUAAAAAAGAUGAUGAUGAUGAUGAGGAACUCUUGUUUGCAAAUGUAGAGGCAUUAAGGAAUCAACUGAGGAAAACCGAGAGAAAUCUACAAAAUCUAGGGGAAGAGCUUUCCAGUACUAGUUCGAGUGAGCAAUCUGUCCACAGCUCUCAUUUCAGUGAGUUUGUCGGACUAACACUGGAAGAUCUUGUUGAGCCGAGUUGCACUGAAUUUCAAAAUUAUUUAGCUCAUAAGAGUGCUGGUAAUAUGUCCCACCAGAGCAGGGAUUCUCAAAGAAAAUCCCAAACCAAGUCUUACCCAGUGUCCACUCCUUUUAAUAAAAGUAUGGAACAAGAAAAUGAGCAUCUUAGAGAGAAGCUGAACACACUUCGAGAUCAAAAUGCCGCUUUGACUUCCCAGAACCACUGUCUAAUGAAUAAAAUUGAAACUAUCAACUUUGAACUGACUCAGUCAAAAACAAGAAUCUCUUUUCUUGAAUCAGCUCUAGGUACCCAUUCAGUCAGUAUUCCUAUGUUAGAAGAACAGAUUGCAAAUUUGGAAGCAGAAGUUACAGCUCAAGAUAAAGUCCUGAGAGAUGCAGAAGAUAAAUUAGAGCAAAGCCAGAAAAUGGUGGUAGAAAAAGAACACAUUUUGCAAAGGUUUAAAGAAGAAUAUAAAAAAUUGAAAACUGAUUUAAUUGAACGAAGCAAGCAAGGGAAGAGAGCUGAACAGCAAAGAAAUGAGGCUCUGUUUAAUGCUGAAGAGCUGACGAAAGCUUUUAAAAAAUACAGAGAGAAAAUAACUGAAAAACUUGAAAAGGUUCAAGCUGAAGAAGAAACUUUAGAGAAAAAUCUAAUUAAUUGUGUAAAAGAAAAAGAAAAGUUGCAUGAAAAAUGUGUUGCCUAUAGAAAUGAACUUGAAAUCACAAAGGAACAAUUAAGACAAUUAAAGGAUGAGAACCGUAGUGCAAAAGAAGAGAUGAGGAGUCUAGAGGCAAAAAACACUGAAAUUGUGUCACAGCUAACACAGUCUGAACAGAAGAUCCUGAAGCUUGAGAGUGAACUUAAUGACAAAGUAGUAGUACUUAAAGAGAAAAAUGCCCUAGUAAGUGAAAAUGCAGAGCUAAAAGCACUUAUUGCACAGCAAAAUGAUCGCCUAAAAUUAUGUCAUCAAGAAAUUGAGGAUUCAAGAGAAGAACUGAGCACCUUGGAAACUAUUAUCUCCCAGUUGUCACUAGGUACAUCUAAAGAGUUUAAAUUGCAUCCCUCGAAACGUCAGAUGGCCAGUUCCUCUGCAAAGGAAGCUAUGUAUGCCUCUUGUUGCGAAUCAAACAAAUCCCUGAUUGCAGACUUAAGAAUCAAACUGGCAAUGAAAGAAGCAGAAAUUCAAAAGCUUCAGGCAAACCUAACUGUCAGUAAAGUAGCUCAACAUCUUUCUAAUGAUUAUGAGGGACAAGAAAGUGGCAGAUUACAUGGCCUAGAAACAGAACCUGUAAAAUUGAUUGGAAAUCACACAGAAGAGAGAAAAUGUCAACAAUUGGAGCUCAUCAGUAAACAGUUUGAAAAGGAGCGUCGAAGAUUCACAAGAGAGAUAGAAGAGUUCCGUGCUAAGCUGUCAAAAGCAGAAGAGGAGAAUUCUUCUUUAAAGACCAGCAUGGCCCAGAGAGCCAGUCAGUUUCAACUUAUACAGGAAGAACUACUGGAGAAGGCUGCAAAAACUACUAACUUAGAGCGAGAAAUAACAAAGAAAUCCUCUCAGCUUUCAGUACUUGAAAAGCAGUUGGAAGAAAAGACAGUUGCUUAUUCUGCUGCUGCUGCAAGAUGUUCUGAGCUGGAUCAGGAGCUCAUAGAAAAGAAUGGCCAGAUUCGCAACUUGGAAGCAAAUAUCAGUGAAGAACAUGAGCAAGUAACUAUAGCUUUUGAAAAAGCAAAGUUAAUUCAUCUUGAACAGCACAAAGAGAUGGAAAAACAGAUUGAAAUACUUCAGACUCAGCUGGCUAUGAAACACCAGCAAAUUAAUGAGUUAGAGAAGACAAUGUCUGUUUUACAAGAAGAUAUUGUAUGUAAACAACGUCACCUUGAAUCAUUGGAUCGGCUGCUGAUAGAAAGCAGAGAGGAAAUGGAAAAGCAAAAUACCAAGAAAGAAGAAGCUUUGAAAAUGUUGCAAAGCCAAUUAACGGAAGAAACAAUCAAAGUCCGACAACUAGAGUCAGCACUAGACAUUUGUAAAGAAGAACUUCGAUUGUAUCUGAGUCAAUUAGAAGAAAAUAAGGAGUCAUUUGAAAAGCAGCUAAAGAAGAAGUCUGAAGAGGUGCACCGGUUACAAAAAGAAAUAAAACAAAGAAAUCAUAAUCUUCAGGACACCACUGAACAAAAUGUCCUCCUACAGCAAACUCUGCAGCAGCAGCAGCAAAUGUUACAGCAGGAGACAAUUAGAAAUGGAGAGCUAGAGGAUAGCCAAAUUAAGCUUGAAAAACAGGUAUCAAAACUGGAGCAAGAGCUUCAAAGACAGAAAGAAAACUCUGAAGAAGAGUUGAGAAAGGCAGAAGGGAAGCUCCGUAUAGCCUCUCAGGAAGCAGAUUUAAAAAGACAGAAGGUGGCUGAACUUACUAGCACAAUUGGGCAGAUUAAGCUGGAGAUGGAUCAGUGCAAGGAUGAGCUAAUUGGUAUGGAGAAAGAACUAAUGCAUUUAAGACGAGAUGGUGAAACUAAAACAGUGCAGCUAAGUCACUUAGAAAUGACUUUGGAGCACACUCAGUCAGAACUAAAUAAAAAAACGCAACGAGUGAGUGAUCUGGAAGAUAAACUGCUUCAGAGUGAGACUGGGCAAAAGGAUGCUUUACAUAGAAUAGAAGAGCUAGAAGCUGAACUACAGAAUGCCCAUGGAGAAUUAAAAAUCACUUUGAGACAAUUACAGGAACUGCGAGAUGUGCUACAGAACGCACAGUUUUCUCUGGAGGAGAAGUAUGCUGCUAUCAAGGAUCUAACAGCUGAACUUAGGCAUUGUAAGGAUGAAAUUGAGGACAAAAAGCAAGAACUUCUUGACAUGGACCAGGCAUUGAAAGAAAGGAACUGGGAACUGAAACAAAGAGCAGCUCAGGUUACCCAGUUGGAUAUGACUAUUCGUGAACACAGGGGAGAAAUGGAACAAAAAAUAAUUAGAUUAGAAGGUAGUUUGGAGAAAACUGAGUUAGAAAUUAAAGAACGCGAUAAACAGAUUGAGAGCUUAGAUUGCAAGCUACAGCAUUCUAAAGAUGAGCUUCGUGAAAAAGAGUUUGAAUUGCUCCAGAGAGAUCAAGAAAUAAAUCAACUAAAAAAGGAAAUUGAAAGAAAACAACAUAGAAUAACAGAUAUUGAAAAAACAGUGAAAGAUCAGGAGAAGUGCAUUGCAGACCAGUACAAGGAAGCAUUAGAUUUAGGUCAGCAGUUGAGGCUAGAACGAGAACAGAUGCAGCACAUUCAUUUGGAGCUUUUGGAGACUCGCCGGCUGUUGGUUCAAGCUCAAAGAGAAACGGACAGACUCUCGCAAGAACUGGAAGAAAUGAACCAUCUGUCUCGAGAAAAGGAAGCUCGUGCAAACUGUUUGGCAGAAGAACUGGGUGCUGCCCAAGCACGUGAAGCUCAGUUACAAGCAAAAAUGCAAGCAGAGAUAAAAAAGCUUUCAUCAGAAAUAGACUCAUUAAAGGAUGCUUAUGAGCAGGAGAAGCUUGCACAUCAGACAAAUCAGGAAAGGUGGCAGAUGUCAACAGACAGCCAGAAAUCUGGCUCUCAUCAUCUAAGUGGACAAUUGCAGCAGCUGAAGCAGGAGUUAGAAGAGGCUCAGGACACUGUCAAUAAUCUUCAGCAACAACUUCAGGCUAGAAAUGAAAUGGUUCAAGCUGCAAAUGAAGCACUGCUUGUGAAGGAAUCUGAAGUAACGAGAUUACAAACAAGAAUUGCUGGGCAUGAAAGAACAGAAGGCAUCAAGAAGCUACCAAUCCCGCUUGUAUUAUCAGAUCAUAUGCUCUUCGAUGUUCAAGAACAAGAUUCUUUCAGAAAUUCUCAUACGUCAUACUUCAAACAUAGAAAACUGCGUCGUUCUAUAAGUGCUAGUGACCUAGGUGUUAAAGAUGAUGAUUCUCUAGAUCUAUCAAAAACAAUGUUAAAAGACUUCAAACAAAUGCUUACAUUAAAGCCCUCAAUGAUUCCCGAGAGUCAAAAGGAUUUUCUUCAUACUCCACCAAACAGUUUGAAUGAAUCUUCAUUCGAUCCCCUCACAUACAUUGUAGAUGAAGAUGCGACAUCGGACAGUAAUGACUUCCAGACACUUAGUGGAAUGCUAAAAUAUAUCAACAAAGAAAUGAGGCAGUCUGAAAAUGCUUCUGUACAAAUAUCAUGUGGUACAAACUCAAAGGAGAAUCAAGAAUCUGGUUUGUGGUACAGUAAUUCUUAAUUUAAUUGUGACUGUUUAUAUAGGGAUGAGUCAUUAACAUUUGUCUUUAUUUAUGGCAGCAAGUUCCCAAAUGUAUCCAGGAUGUGGAUCACAUUUUAGUGAGACCAUUUCAUAGAUCACCCAGGGGUAUUUUUAAAUUAAAGAUACACUGUCAAGUAACGCAAGCUCAAAAUUUAACACUUUGUUUAAACCAUUCAGACAACAUAAUAUGUCAAGUUCUGCUCUCAGUUGUACCAGAAUAAUUCCACUAACUUUAAUGGAACUACUCCCAGUUUAUAUUGGUGUAAAUGACAGCAGAUAUUUCCCCCGUGUCAAUAGAAAUAUUUCAUAAUUCAUAUAUUUUAUUAGCAUUUCAAUAAAUAGUGUUUUUUUUAAAAAUUCCCCCUACAAUACUGGGGACUUGAAUACAACACUCUUUGAGGUGAAGUUUUUGUUUGCCUUUACUUUGGUGCCUUUAAAGUCUUGCACAACAUAACUAUUCCUAGUAGUGACUCCUAGGAGCUAACACUACCUUAUGGAAAGUGAAACAGAUUUAUAAACCAAAUGAAACUGACUAGUUCACUUUCACUAUUGAAGCUGAGUGAAGUGCAGAAUACAAAUGGCACAACUGGAGAAAAAUCUGAUUUUUAAAAUUCUUACAAUUUUGAUAGAGUUACGGUAAUGUUGCUAAUGACAUUAUUCCUUUAAAAUGUAUAAUCUUUAUGAGUUUAAUAGGAUUAUAAAUGAGUAUUUCUUCACAAAUCAUUCUGCUUAAUUUGUUUCCUUAUUUACAAGAUUACCAUUUUUGUAUUCUUAUCAAAGUACUGUAUAAGUCAGUGUGGAGUCUGAGCAACUGUUGGAUACCUGUAGACUAUAUAUAAAUAUAUUUAAUUAUUAAAUAUUGAGAUAUUUUA